GUUGGUAUUUCCAGCUAGUUUGUUGGUCUGUAGUGGGAGAUUAACCAGAGUAUUUAAACUUCACAGCCAGAUAAACUUUAUCAAUUCAUCCCUUUUGAGAGUCCAGAUCAGAAAACUGAUUUACUGCUGAGGAGAAGCUGUGUGAGGAUGGCAAAGCUUACUGUGUGUGUCUCCGUAAUACUGGUGCUGCUGGUGGCGCUGGGUGAAAGCAGUCCCAUGAGGCUUUGCUGCACACAGUACCAAGACCAUCCAAUCCCAGUGAAAGUGCUGAAAUACUACAGAAUCCAGGAGGUCACAGAAGCCUGCAACAUCAAGGCCGUAAUUUUCAAGACAGUGAGAAAUAGACUUCUCUGUGCCAAUCCUGACACAAAGUGGGUGCAAAAAGCCAUGAACUCUGUACCACAAAAACUUUGAGCAGCAGAUCACCUGAGGAAACUUAAAGACACACGAGAUGAAUUUAAUAUAUUAAAAUAAAUGAAUCCUCUAUUUUUGUAUUACUUUCAAUGUAUUUCUUCAAAUAUAUUAAUUUAAUGCCAAUAAAU